AGACAGUAGUAAGGCAACGGCUGCAUUUAUCCUGUUACCGGAGGACAACAGUUCUUGGUUCCUGAGGUUUUCGGUUUCUGUUCAGAGAACCGGAAACUAAGUCUAUACCUUACAGGCGGUGCAUUCCUGAAAAAACAUUCAAAAUAUUGUUUUUGAUGACCGAGAGUUUUUACGUAUUCAAAAGCAAGACAGUCUGCGGGUCGGGAAGUCGGUUGCGUUAACCCCGUUCCCGGUUUUCCAGAGACGCACAAAAGGCACACUCCCAAGUCUACCUGGAUAAGCCGUCCGGUCCGGUUAGAGGUCCAGAGUCGGAGAGGAGAAAUAAGCGCGGAAGACAGGAGCAAGAAAAGGGGAAGACAGGAUGAAACUCAAGAGUCAUUUGAUUUUCACCCUCUACACUAUUUAUGGGAUUCUUCUUAAAGGGAUAAGUGGUCAGUAUCCUCUGGUUCAGAAUGUGACUGUGACAGAGGGUGGGACCGCAAACCUGACCUGCCGUGUGGAGUAUAAUGACAACACCUCCCUCCAGUGGUCAAACCCAGCACAGCAGACCCUCUUUUUUGGGGACAAGAAGGCUCUAAGGGACAACAGAAUUGAGCUUGUGCGCGCGACGUCAUCAGAGUUGACCAUCAGCAUCAGUGAUGUCAUGCUGUCUGAUGAAGGCAUGUACACCUGUUCUCUCUUCACCAUGCCUGUCAGAACGGCCAAAGCUUACCUGACUGUUCUCGGUGUGCCAGAGAAGCCAGAGAUUGAUGGCCUGACGAAGCCCGCCAUGGAGGGAGACCACAUCACUCUGACCUGCAUCACUCAGGGCAGCAAGCCUGCCGCUGACCUGCGCUGGUUCAGGAAUGAAAAGGAGGUCAAAGGUGCCAAAGAGGUGAAUGCGAGUGGGAAGACAUUUACAGUACGGAGCUCUCUACAGCUGCAAGUGGACAGAAAUGAUGAUGGAGUGGCCUACACCUGCAGAGUAGACCAUGUUGCACUCGCACAGGCACCACAGCAGGCCACUGAAGUACUGGAGGUCCACUAUGCUCCUCGUGUGGAGAUCAUCCACUCUCUUGCAGUCCCUCAGGAGGGUCAGUACUUAAAGCUGGAGUGUGUGUCCAAAGGAAACCCUUCGCCAGAUCCUGUGAUGUGGACAAAGGAUGGAGGUGAACUUCCUGACCUGGACAGGGUGAUUGUAGAAGGAAGAGAGCUUACCUUUACUUCUCUUAACAAGACAGAUAAUGGCACCUACCGCUGUGAAGCUAGUAACCACCUAGGGACCAGCAGUGCUGAAUAUGUACUCUACGUCUAUGAUCCCAACGCUCUUGGGCAGCACGGCACUGACCAUGCCUUGAUCGGAGGAGUGGUGGCUGUAGUGGUCUUUGUCACCUUGUGUUUAAUCAUUGUUCUGGGAAGAUACCUGGCCAGGCAUAAAGGAACAUACUUGACAAACGAGGCCAAAGGAGCGGAUGAUGCCCCCGAUGCCGACACAGCCAUCAUCAACGCCGAGGGCAACCAUGCACACGCGGAAGAAAAGAAAGAAUACUUCAUUUAGACUGCAGGGGGAGCUGUGCAGCUCUCUCCUUCUCCUUUCCUUAUUUUAAUCUCUGUACUUCUUCUGUCUUUCUGUCUCCCACUUUUUUGUCCUCACCUCUGGCCGCUGCCCCCAUCGUGUCAACAAGGAACCCACAGGCAGUCCACAAACAGAGAGGUUCCCAGUGUUUUCUGUCCUUUACAUCUUGUCCUUUAUUUUUUUUGUUUGUUUUGCUUUUGCUUUUUUGCCAGAUGUUUUUCACAGGCAGCUUACUGUUGCUGCUGAAGUUGCCCCUUUAUCACUCUCUUCCUCAUUUUCAACAUGAAUACCUAGAAAUCUGUAAAUCUACCAUGACUGCUCCUUAGCCCUGUGGUUCGUCUUUACUCCUCUUUCCCACCAAGUAGACACCCAAACACAUAUUACCGCUCACACAUGCCCACAAACACAUAUCAUAUCUCACAUCAACACGGUGCCUAAAAAUACAGACGCCAUUGAACUUCUGUCAAUGCCUUCAUGUAUCGUCUGUCAGUAGCAAUGUAAAUGCUUUGUAGAUGGUUCUCUGGACCAUCAUUUCAUUGCUUAGCUCACAGCUUUUGAUUAUGCAUUGCGUCUUUUUUCUCUCUUUUUUUUUUUAUUAUUUGAAUGAAGAUCUGUGCUAUUUACGCCUUAUACAUGUCUGUCACACUGAAUAUGGUACUUUUAGGUGAUCCACCUCUCCCUAUUCCAUCUCCCUCUAAAUAGAGUUGUAAUUAAACAGUUGACCCUUGUAAGAUACGAAGAAGGAUUUGUGUAACACUGUAGCAAGGUUUGUCAGAUAAGUGUAUAAUAUGAUUUUCAUUAUUAGGGUAGGAGUAAUAAAGGGUAGUGUGGUAUUGUUCAGAGCAGAGAAAACACACCAAAAAUAUAUGAAAGAUGCUAGGUCAAGCAUUCCUUUUCAACAAACAUAAUCAAGUAUAUAAAACCACUUGCUAAAUCUGCUGCCCCUGUACUUUUACCUGUAUAGUCCUGCACCGUCCAGGCAGCAGUUUAGCUAAACACCAUCACCUUCAGUAUCAUCUGGACAGCUUACGAUAGUUUGUGUUUUCCUUAAAGGGUUCAGGUGUGCAGAAAGAGUCACUCUCCUCUCUCUGUAUAGGCUGUAUAAAUUGUAUUCAAAUAACUUUAGCUUUCACUUUGAAUAAUUUGCGUAAUGUUUGUCACACUGAAAUUAUUUUAAGGCUUGAGGACCCCAUGAAAUGUAAGAUCAACUAUAAGGUGUUAAAACAAGACCAGUUAAACAGUAGGUAAAUCAUUACAGUUAAGCCAAUAACAUCUGUUUGACUACUAUCUUUUAUUUUAUUCUGUUACCACUAAAUUUUUAUUUAUUUUUUUAAGUAAGCUUAGCACAAAAAAUAAGGAUAUUGUGUUUGGUUGAUUAUUUCUUUGUUGUGACAAUGCUUCUUGGCAAUCAAUCUUACACCGUUUUAAAGCCAGUUUAUUUCCCCUGAAAUGGUGCCAUAUUUGCAAAGAAAAUGCAUUUGUGGGUUGAGCAGCAGACCUGAGUUUGUGGGUUGUGAAAAACUUGCCAAACCUUCUCUGCCAAUGCCAAACAGCUUAUUCUGCUAUUGACUCCUGUUUUGAGCGUCUGGUACCCCAGGUGCUGACAAUCAGGUGCUUUAUUGGCACCUGAUUAGCAGCGUCUGUGAGCAUGGACCUUGCUACAGCAGUCAUGGUGUCUGCUCCAAGCAUGCCACAUUUGAUUCUUCAGGAUAGGGCCUGUGCCAUAGGGCAACUUCAAGCUGGUGUUCUUCAAAACCAAGUUGCAGCAUUAUUUGGAGUGAGCCCUCUCCAAAUUGAAGGGGGAUGUCAGAGACAGCCUGCAAAGUAGGCAUCCCAAGAAGACAGGUUCCUCACCCUGUAGGCACUUAGGAACUGUAAGCAGUCUUCUACAGAUUUGCAGUCAAGUUUUGCAAGAAGGUAUGGCUGACUGCUCUCUACCCAGACAAUCUAGAACAGACUGCCAGGAGGUCUGCCAUGACUGCCCUUCACCGUCAAGCCCGUUUGCACUGGUGUUGGCAACAUGUGCACUGGAACCUGAACAUGUGGAGGAACGUUAUGUUCAGCGAUGAGUCCAGAUUCUGUCUACAGCAGUUAGAUCAGAGGGUCAAAGUAUAUAGAAGAAGUGGAGAACACUAUUUAACAAAUUGCCACAAAGACAAAGAGAACACUAUGCUGAUUGCUGCACCAAAAGGGUAACAGCUUUUGGUGGAGGCAGUGUGAUAGUGAGGGGCGGCAUCUUCCUCACUGGAAAAGCAAGGCUUGUCAUCAUUGGAAGGCAACCAGUGGCAAUCCCAUAUCUCCACAGUCUGGGACCAAACUCUGUCCUCCAAGAUGACAACGCUCGCCCCCACAGAGCAGGUUUAUCAGAGACUACCUCCAGAAUUUGGGAGUGGAGAGGAUGGAGGGACCUGCCUACAGUUCUGACCUCAACCCCCACUGAACACUCGUAGGAUCAGCUUGGUCGUGCUGUUUGUGUCAGAGUGACGAAUGCUGAUUGAAGAAUGGGAUGCCAUCCCACAGCAGUGUGUGACCAAGCUGGUGACCAACAUGAGGAAGAGGUUCCAGGCUGUGGUGGCUGUGUAUGGUUCUUUCACAUGCUACAGAGGCCCCUGUUUGUGAAUAAAUGGUUAAAUUGCCAAUAUGUCUUAUUUCUUUAGAUUUCAAUCAUCCAAUCCAAUAAACAACACCAAACAAGAGUCAGUAGCAGAAUAAGCUGUUUGGUAUUGGCAGAGAAGAUUUGGCAAGUGUUUCAUGGGUGCAAUUCACAUACUAAACUCUGCUGAUCAACCAACAAAUGCAUCUUCCUUAGAAAUGCGGCCCCAUUUAAGGGGAUAUAAACAGGCUUUCUUGCCAAGAAGCAUUGUUAAAACAAAGAAAUAAUCAACCAAGCUGCCGUCAUCAACUAAUCACGCUUUUUAUACCCAUUUCGUCACUCUAUCUUCAUAAACUCAACUUUCAUUUUCAUUUCACGGGGUCUUCAAGAAAAAAGAGAAAAGAAAAAGAAAUAAAUGGAGUGCUGGGUCAUGGAUCUGCAGGAGCCUCUUUUCCAAAACUAAAAACUGAAAACAAAUAGAAAAGCACAAAAUUGUUUGAAUGAGUUACUGUGUUCAUUUGCCAACAACUAGAUCGCCUUGUGAAUGGUUCUUUCAUUCAGAUGGGUAAUUGGCAAGGCUGUCUUUGAUUCAGUUCUGAAGAAAAAAGAAAAAGUGCAGUGCAUCUUUUUGAAAAUAUAAGCUAAAUCAUGUUUUUAUAUAUAUAUAAAAAAAGUUUCUAAUAUUUUUGAUUUUAAUGGUUAAGCUCCCUGCUGUAUAUUGUGUCUGCUACAAUGUGGUUGGUUGUGAAAAUUGCUGUUAAAUUCUGGAUUCCUGUAUUUGUUCAAAUAUGUAUAUUAGCCACAUUAUCUAAUUCCUUUUUCUUUUUUUUUUUCUUUUCACUACAUUAUCCUUAUUAGAAAAAUUUUUAAACAAAUAUAUUUUGUUUUGGCGCAAGGCAUGUAUAUAAUGUGUGAGAACUAAAUUUUGGUAAUACACAUUAGCAUGUUUUUGUUUGGUUCUUUUUCAUGUUUAAUUUAUUUGGAAUUUAAAUUUAUUUAAGAGAGAACCACAAUGAAGGUUUAUUUGUACCUUAAUUUUGGAAAACAGUGGCUUUGUGUGUUUGCGGCAUGACCUUAAUUGCUACAAAUCUGAAGGAGUUGAUAUGAACAUAUGACAAAACACACGUGUAAAACUCUGUAAUGAGAAGAAAAUCUGCAUUUGACUUCAGCAAAUUUGUAAAAAAAAAAAAAGAAAAAGAAAAAAAAUACAAUUUAGAACUGAAAUCACUAGAAACAUUAUCUCCAGGCUGGUGGCAAGAAGGUUUCCACAUAUUGAGAGAGCCAUGGCGUAUCACAGUCAGCAACUUUUGCUUUCUUCUCUGCCUUUUGUCUUUCAUCAGUUUGCAGGAGUUUGGCUGUGAAGGAACAAUCCUAAAGACCUAAAGGCAAGGCACUAUUCUACUACCAGGGAGCAAAUUAUUACCAAGGAUAAUAAUAUUUUGGGCCCAGGCUGUCUCCAUUUUGGUGGUCAAUUUACUGUACAACAUUAUGCAAAUAGGGUUAGCAAGGAUCUUUUGUCUGUAUUUUGUAACUCGACCACGGUUCGAGUGAAUCACAAGUUGGGAAUAAUUAGGUCAAUCCGCUCACUUUUAGCCUCUCAUCACCGAUGUAGGACCACAGUUUCCAUAUUUCACACUUUUAGUGCACUUAAUUCAGUAUAGCACUAUUUACAGAUUCAACUACAGCAUCACCACAAACCUUUUAUACAACCAGACUGAAGCGUUCUAGACUGGCUCUGGUCUUAGCACACCUUGGCUUUUACGUGUGUAGAUGCAUUUCUCACAAUAAUUUAACGUCUUUCUCUCUCUCUGGUUUUUUUUUUCUUCACUUUUGUAUCUCGUUCUGUUCAUUGUGUCUUAAAUCGCUGAAGGUGUCAAUCACAUUUCCUGUUGCUUUACACCUCCACCUUUGAAAUAAGAAAGUGGUUGAAUGAAUUUGUUGAUUCUGAAGUGAGAGAAACAAGUUUGGCUGUUUCUUAUCAGACGCACUCAGAAUCAACCAGGUCUGCAGUGAUGAGUUGAUGCUGGCAUUAGUAAUAAAACAGGUGCCAUUUACUCAGUUAUGCACUCUGACCGAUGUGGAUAUUUCUUAGUAAUUAGUAAAAUGUGUAUUUUGUUUUUGUUUUUGAUUUGUUUUUUGUUUUUUUCUGAAACCCACAUGUAAAUAUUUGUUUUGACAUGAUAGUAAUGAGCUAAUUUGUUGCAAAUGGCUUUUUAUAAUCAUUAGACCAAACCUGAAUCUUGUUUAAUUUGUUAUUUUAACAACCUGGCACAUACAAUCAUGCACUAUGACAGGAUCAACUGUAGCUCUGUUAUAUCUUGGCUAUCUUUGUUGUAUUUCUUUGUUGUUGGUGGUUUAAAAUAAGCUUUAAACGUGUUGCCUCCUUGAUUUUCAGCAUUUAUUGGUUGGGUUAAUAUUCACUAGAUCACAAGCCUUUAAUUUCAUUCUGGCAGCAAGACAGUAAUGGCACUAACAUAGCUGCUGUGCCAUUUUCAUUGGGCACAAGUCUGUUUUGUGGGAUUGUAAGUCUCUAAUUUCCUGGCUCCAAACAAAUCCACUUUCUUCAACUGAAGGUGCGAGUCGGGGAGCUGAGGUUGUGCAUUUAUGCAGAUUUAACUGUGCAAUACUGGCAGUAAUCUCGCUAUGAAAUUGCACCCAGUUUUGUGAACAAUUUUCAGGUUGGUGGAGGCACAUACACACCUGUGCAAAAUCACAUAAAUAAAAGUUUCAUGUAUAGGUUACUGUUUGCCUAAGUUUUAAAACCUGGAAAAAUUUAACAGAUUGAAGUGCACAAAACUCACCUUUUAUGGGAUGUAUAGGCAGUUUCCAGUGGGUUACACUGGCAGAUUAUUUAUAGUUGCACAGUUCCUUGUAGGUUUAUGAGAUCAUUCGCUUUGAGUUGAUUAAACCUUCAGCAGUAAUCAUGUUGUGCGUUCUGUUUUGAAUGCAAAAGACAGUAACUGUGCAAACUCAAGUUACUCCUGACUAUGUGGGCUGAUACAGUGUAUUGUUGCCUAACAAAAACAACAAAAAAAACAGAUUUCAGCAUAUCUUGUAAAUUCAAAGGCCAUCAGAACACAUAUUUGGUUAUCUGUAUCUGUGCCUUGUGAUUCUACGCCUCAAGUUUGCCACCGGACCACCCUCCUGCCUGUCGUUGUCAUUUAAAUGGGGAUGAGAUGAGUUGAUUGUUAAAAAGCUUGUCCAGAUUUGCUGCUACUGUGUUGCGCAUUCAUCUGACAGCAGCCGCUGUCCAGCAGCAAUCAUCACACUGCGCUGACCCCGGAGCAAAUCGGGUCACAAAGCAUCGCAGGCAGUGAUGACACAUUUUUGAGCAUUUAACUUCCAGGAAAUUAGAGGCCCACGUUAAUAUUCAAAAUAUCAAAUUCUGCUUAUAAACAGAUCUGAGAGUAAAGGACACUUUGGGCUAUAAUCUGUCAAAAUUCUCCUUUUUUUUAAUCCAAUGGUUUAUAUUUUUUUUAAUGGUAAAUGUGUUCUCUGCAGUAGUGCGUAUAACAUGACAUGGCCUGUUCCUGUCCCAUCUCUCCUUCAAAUGUCUUUGCUGUACAGUAUGGCUUCAGUGCACUUCUUUAUUACUCUGCAAUAGUGACACAAGAAUCAAUCAGCCCAAUUUCUUUAUUGUCACACUGAUGACAACAUGUGACACAAUCGCAUGUAGUGAUGUGUUUCUUUUUUUUUUAUUAAAUCUGUUUCUUUUGUUUUGCAUCUCAGGAAUAUAUUUCAUUUAGUUUUUUUUUUCUUUGUUUCCUGUCUUAAAAUGGGGACUUGUGAGCACUUUUCACUGCUAGUCCCUGUGUGCUGACACCAUGUACUUUUUUUUUUUUUUUUUGAGUUUAAGAUUAUCACAAUGAUAAUAAAAAUGAUUCAGUGACUCUUCAAUAAUCCUGUCACCUUGCUGUCAUUGGAAUAUUAGACUUAGGAAACUUUUUUUUUUUUUUAUGACCACUGACUUGAAAUACUGAGAUUUAGAAAUAUGCUGCAAAUAACUGAGUUUCAACAAUGAUAGAAGGUGUCGUUAACAGAAUCUAAUUUUAGCUUAUGUUAUGUAAGCAGUUCAGUGCUUUUUGUCCUUUAUCAUAAUGUUUUCCUUGUAGCAACACACAUCUUUAUGUAUAUCAGUCUUUAGAUGGCAGGUGUUUUAAGGCACGAUCUCUCACUAAAUACAAAAUAUCCACAGUGAGCUCAGUAAAGAUCAGGAUUAGAGCUAGACAAAUGUUAGUUCAGCUUCUGAUGUACCUUGGUGAAAUAGGGGGUUUGAUAUCAAGCUGUACAGCGAAAGCUUGAUUUGAUAUAUAGCACCGUAACGAAGGUGUUUCUCUCCCAUUGUCUGUGGGAUUUAUUAUAUUUAAUUUAGAGGUUCGUAUGUAUGAAAUGAAAUUGUUGAAUAAA